AUGAGGUAUUGGCAUGCUAUUUUGACAUUUGCUUGUUCGAUGUUUUGUAUUCAUUCCAUACCGGUCUCUCAAGAAAAUUGCGGACGUUCCAGCGUGACUUUUACAAGAAUUGUUGGUGGACAAGAAGCAACACUAGGAGCCUGGCCGUGGAUGGCAAUUAUGUUUGUUGUUCGUAGAGGUAGAAGAAGCCCUGAAUGCGGAGGUGCGUUAGUGACCGAUUCUCAUGUAAUUACAGCAGCUCAUUGCGUUGUGACGUCUAGAAGAGGCAAUACGAUAAAUCCAAGGAGUUUAUUAGUACGACUUGGAGAGCAUGACAUUGAAAAUGAUAAUGAUGGUGCCAAACAUCUUGAUGUUACUGUACGAUUUAUCAUUCGACACGAACAUUUUAAUCUGAGAACUUUUCAGAACGACAUCGCUAUUCUUGUAUUGUCUUCAUCCAUCAAGUUCACCCAGAAUAUCUCACCUAUAUGUCUACCAUUCCAGCAGUUUACUGACGAUACCUUAGCACAAAGGAAUGCCAUGACAGCUGGUUGGGGAACUAUUAGCUUUGGUGGACCAUCUAGCAGCAAGUUAAUGGAAGUGCAGCUACGAAUUUGGCAGAACCCUGCAUGCCGGAGAAUUUUUCGAAAUGAUGUGCCUAUUACAAAUGCAAACUUGUGUGCUGGAGAUGGAGACAAGGAUGCAUGCUCGGGUGAUUCAGGAGGUCCUUUAAUGCUAACUGACGAGGCGAAUCGGUUCUAUCUAAUUGGUAUUGUCUCUUUCGGAAAAAAAUGUGGAGAGCCAGGAAUUCCAGGAGUUUACGUUCGAGUUUCCACGUUUCUUGAUUGGAUUGAACAAAAACUUGAAUGA